CAAUAAUCUAGUCACUCUAGCUGGCUUUAGACUGAUAACUGCACAAAGGAAAUCAUACAGUUAUUCUGUAACCUUUUACAUCAAAUUUGACUUUUAAAGCAUCUAUUGCAGUGUUUUAACCCAAAAAAAAUAGACAGAGAGGAAAACUAGGAAAUUUUAGAUUUUGAUCAGGACGGUCCAGGUUGGAAGCUGGAAAUCCAAGAUUUGAGAGUGGAAAUAUUGCUCCGGUCCCAGCUCCCACUUAGUAAUAUACAACCAGGAAUCCUAUAACCGCUCUGCAGACAUGUGGAAACUAAUAAUCUUCGGAGCCAUCCUGGCUGUCCUGGGGCAAAGGGCGAUGUACUACAUUCAUCGAGUUAAACCAUUCAAUGUGGCAGAACCUAUAGAGCUUAUCAACUGCCAGCUACUGAAAGGAAUAGAGUUUGGGUCGGAAGACAUAGAAAUUAGCCCUAACGGACUGGCCUUCAUCAGCUCUGGACUGAAAUAUCCUGGUGUGAAGAGCUUUGCACCUGACAGACCCGCAGAAAUAUUACUGGUAGAUCUGAAUGAUGAAGAGCUGCAUCCAACUCCACUGAGUAUCAGCAAAGGGUUUGACAUUUCUACAUUUAACCCUCAUGGACUCAGCAUUUACAUUGAUGAGAAGGACAACGCUGUCUAUCUUUUUGUGGUGAAUCAUCCUCAUCAUAAAACCACCAUCGAGAUAUUUAAAUUUGUAGAGGAAGACAAUGUUCUUGUGCACCAGAAAACUAUUAUACACCCGCUCCUGAACAGUGUGAAUGACAUUGUUGCAGUUGGACCUGAGAGCUUCUAUGCCACUAAUGAUUUUUACUUCACGAAUCACAAUCUGAAACAAAUGGAAAUGUUAAUUGGAUUAACGUGGACAAACGUGGUGUAUUACAGUCCAGGUGAUGUCAGAGAAGUGGCAUCAGGAUUGUACAGUGGAAACGGAAUUGCCAUGUCAACCAAUAAAAAGUAUAUCUAUGCUGCUGAUCUCACGGGUCAUACAAUUAGUGUGUUUGAAAAGCAUUCAAACUGGUCACUGUCUCCAGUAAAGGUGGUUGAUGUGGAUAUAAUCUUGGAUAACCUGUCAGUAGACCCAGUUACCGGGGAUAUUUGGACGGCGGGACAUCCAAGUCUGUAUAGCGUGUUUGCGUAUGAUGAAGACAAUCUCCCUGGAUCAGAGGUUAUCCGCGUACAGAACAUUCACUCCGACAAUCCUGUUGUGACCAAGGUGUAUGCCAACAACGGGUCAGUGCUCCAGGCGUCAUCCUGCGCUGCCAGAUACAAGAAGAAGCUGCUUGUGGGCUCAGUAUUCCAUAAGGCUCUAUACUGUGAACUGUAACAGGCCGCCCGGACACUGGAACGCUGCCCAAAUGGCAAACGGAACCUCGUUUUGUGAAUUACAAUGUACAAAGGGCCUAAUUCAGAUGUGUUGUGGUUGCUAUCGCUUCCUUUGAAGCAGCAGAGACAGCGCUGUAUGGUGAUGCAGCAGGAGGUGUCUAUUACAAGCAGACGUCUCCUGCUGCAGUAAUGAUCCGACCUGUGUCUUAGGAAGCAGCAUCGGAUCACUCAGUCACCAUCGGAUGGCUUAUGGCACCUGUGGUGCCGCGCAAGCCGCCCGUCACAGAGGCCAUGACCUCUUCCCAUCUCCAAAACGGUGUCGCUGCCCUCUCCCCACCCCCUGAAUGGCAGCAGGCUAUCAAUCACUCACAGGGGGUGAUUCAGACCUGAUCGUAGAUGUGCUAAAUUUAGCACAUCUACGAUCAGCUUCCCUGACAUGCGGGGGGACGCCCAGCACAGGGCUAGUCUGGCCCUCCCCCCCGUCGCACAGGUACAAAAGCAUUGCACAGCAGUGAUGCUUUUGUACUUGAAGAGUUGCUCCAAGCCAGCGCAGCUCUUACGCGCUGGCAGUGAGCUACUCAGUGCUGCCCGGGUCGCAUCGGCUGCGUGUGAGGACACGCAGCCGCCGCCGCGGUCCGCCCUCCCCAACGGUCCAGGCACGCCUGCGUUGCCCGGACCGCGCCCCCCUAAAUGGUAAACACCACCGGCCCGCCCCAUCACGCCCAGUGACCGCCUCUGCCUGUCAAUCAGGCAGAGGCGAUCGCAGGGCUAAGACAACCGUCAACUGCGCAGUUCAGACCUGAUUGCUGCUGUGCGCACAGCAGCGAUCAGGUCUGAGUUAGCCCCAUAGUCUGCUGCUAUCCAGCUUCCAACGUUGAAGGACAAGAUCACGCACUCGUAGAACGGAUCCCGCACAUGUGCAGAGUACAGAAUAUUGGUACUUUUCGCAUGAUAGCGCAGGAACGACUGCACCUGAAUAACCCCUAAAAUGCACACACACAUGACAGGAUAAUACAAAUCAUACAAUUAUACCCCAUGGACGUGGUAAUCCUGGCAACACAUCUGAAUAAAGUAAAUGAGCAUGCACAAUAGAAGAGAAGUUGGGAGAGUAAUUAGAAGUAGAAUCAGAGGCGCAGUGACUCCAUGUUUACAGAUACAAAAAUGUUUAAAGUUGUUUGGUUUAUAAUUAUUGGGGUAGAUUCUGUGUCGGGGGCAGCAGGUAAAUCUGCACCGGGGCAAUUGCUGUGUAACAAUAAAGCUUCCAGCAUUUCUGGGCUACGUGUAAAUGCACCAUGUGAUGGAACACAUCUCUGACCCCCAUGCUGAUGCCCCAUACACGUCUGCUCUAGUUGUACUCAUUGCUGCUGAUAUGGAGGAAGCGACGUCAUUAAACACUUAACUGACGAUUUUUUCCCAAAAAAACUGCUCAGAAAUUGUCGGGGGGUUUAUGAGUGAAUUAGAUGAAGAAUAUGAAAUUAACCUUAUCCAAAAUGAUUUUAGUUUAAAAAAGAAAAACAUUUGUUUUUACAAUCAUCGGAACAUCGGACUGGAAGAUCGGUAACAUCGGAACAUCGAUAACAUUGUAACCUUACUUUUUACACCCAAGACAGCUGCCAGGUACACAGGGGGGAUGGGGGGCUUUGUUUACACUUUCCCAGCGGCUACCAUAGUCUGCAGCCGCUGGGAGGGGGGUCCUGUCGUGCAUGGCAACACUGAGGGGAGGGGGCGGGAAGGCAGAGGUACCUUCUGGUCCCUCUGACAGUAGCAGCGGGGGGGAAGUUUCCCUUCCCUGCCGCUGCUAACACUGUUUAUCUGACUGGUCGCAUCCUGUGUGACCCGAUCAGAUGAGACACCUGCUGGUGUGGUCGCAUCUGAUGCAACCAUGCCAAGCAAGUGGUUAAAUAAGUAAUUGUGUCCUAUGUGGUAAUGUCUGCCCACAGCGGCUGUUGGUUCUCAGAGGGGAUCUGCACGUACAACAGCAGUGACAGGGACACAAGGGUUAGCACUGUAAUAGCCCUUCCAUAAAAUCUUUUUUAUUGUAAUAUGGAACCAAUAAACAGAACAUAAAGCAUCAA